AUGCCCGGACUCCACUACUCCACCCCCCGCGUCGCCACUCCGAACCGCUUCGCCGCACUCGAUCAAACAGAGGACGAGGGCGAAGACACUUCUUUCCCGGAGCACCAACAGCUGCUACACCCUGGCGCCAUCUUGGCGAGGCGCCGUGUCCCGGAGCUGGAGAGGUUGAUCGAUCUGCGUAAGAAGGGCUGGGACAACGAUCGGCUCGAUGGUUAUUUCGAGGGGAAGCGCUCAGCUAAGGCGGCGGACGAAGACACCUCCUUCGUCUGGUUCAAGAAGAUGACGUCUGUCAUGAAGGAAGUCGACCACGCCAGCGGUCAGCUCAUUCCCUCCUGGGGACACUUCACCUUCCUCGACAUCGGCUGCGCCCCCGGCGGGUUCAGUUCGUACAUCCUCCGCAAGAACCGCAACGCGCUCGGGAACGGAAUCACCCUCCCCGUCUCCCAGGGCGGGCCCCCGAUGCAGCUCGAGGAGCAGUUCCACCAGCGCUACCGCCUCAUCGAGCAGGACGUCCUCGAGCUCGACCUCUCCCUCGGGCGCACACCCCUCCCUGCCCCGCUCGACCCUGUCCCAGUCUUCCUCCACAACCACUUCAACCUCGUCCUCAUCGACGGGCACACCCCCCACUCCUACCAGCCUCGUACCCGCGGCCCCACCCCCUCCCCUUCCUCGCCCCAGUCCUCUCCCGCAGUAGACCCCCGCGCAGAAGACCCUCCGCGCGCGUCCCACGACGCCCUCCUCCUCUCCUCCCUCCUCCUCGCGCUCGACUCGCUCCGCCACGGCGGGACGCUCCUCCUCUUCCUCCUCGACCGCCUCGCGGACCAGCUCGUCGUGCACAAGCCGCGCGCGCUGCACACGACCCGCGCGUGCUUCUACGCGGUCGCGCGCGGGGUGCGCCUCAACCGCGCGCGCGACGGGUGGAUACGCGCGCUGCGCGGGGUGUGGCACUAUGUCCGCUUCGACGGCGCGGACCGCGGGAGCAGGGCGAUGGGGGAGGGCGAGCUGGACUGCAUCGUGGGGGCGGGCGAGGUGCUCGGGCGGUGGAUCGACCGGUGGGUGACGCUCGCCGGACCGGUGUGGAGCGAGCAGGCGGACGCGCUCGCCCGGUUCUUCGCGGCGAAGGGGAUGUGCUCUAGCCAGACGCUGGCAACUGCCGUCGUUACUCGUAUCUUGUGCACUUGA